AUGGCGAACCGCAGCGGAAAUCGUCUGACGACGGAUCGUAGAUGUGCUUACGUCACGUUUCUGGCCGGCGACGGUGACUACGUGAAAGGGGUAAUUGGUCUGGCCAAGGGCUUGAGAAAGGUGAGAGCUGCUUACCCGCUCGUCGUGGCCGUUCUUCCCGACGUGCCGCCGGAGCACCGUCGUGCCCUAGCGGAGCAAGGCUGCGUGGUCCGUGAGAUCCGGCGGGUUCUGCCGCCGCCGCCGGCGGCGGCUGCCCGCGGGGACAGACCUUUUGUUAGAGCCUAUUUUGCUGUCAAUUAUUGUAAGCUUCGCCUUUGGGAGUUUGUGGAGUACAACAAAAUGAUAUACGUGGAUGCAGACAUCCAAGUGUUUGACAACAUUGACCACCUGUUUGACUUGCCGGGCGGCUACUUCUAUGGCGUGGUGGACUGCCUGUGUGAAAUGUACGACGGGCCCUGUCCUCUGAAGCCCAAGUGGCCCGCGGAGCUUGGGCCCGAGCCCACUUUCUAUCUCAAUGGUGGCAUGUUCUUGUUUGAGCCCAAUGUGAAAACGUACAAUGAGCUGAUGACAACUCUGGAGAUCACGCCUCGGACACCUUUCGCUGAGCAGGAUUUCCUAAACAUGUUCUUUCGAGAUAUGUCGAAGCCACUUUCUCCUAUCUACAACUGUCUUGUGGCCAUGUUGUGGAGGCACCCCAAGUGGGUUGACCUCACCAAGGUCAAAGUGGUUCACUACUGUGUGGCGGGUUCCAAGCCGUGGAGCUACACUGGGAAAGAGGAGAAUAUGGGCCGUGCGGAUGUCAAAAUGCUGGUGCAAAAGUGGUGGAAAAUAUACAACGACCAGACCUUGGAUUUCAAGACACACGAUGGCACAAUCGCGAACCAGAAGGCAAUGGCUUUGUAUAUAUCUGCUUCGUCUGCAGCGUAGCUUGCUUGUUAUGUUUGUGUGCUAUAAGUAUUUAGCUCUUAUAUGCAUUCCAAUUAUUAAGUGUCAACAAUGUAUGUGUGCUUGUAUUUACUACUAUAUAGUUUUUAGGUUUGUGUGUUUCGGGUUUUCGAAUUUUAGAAUGUUAAGAAUAUUGUGGGAUGUCGUAGCAAAAUAAUUUUCCACGUGCUACUAUAUGGUUUAGAUUGUCAAGGAUGAUGCUAUGUAAAAAUGUGACUUUUAACAUAAUUUUUUCGGCUGC